AUGGUAGGCAACAUCCCGGGCGAAGUUCAUCUGCGGUACAUCGUCCUCGCACGACACACGCGAGAACAGCGACCCGAUGGCAAACGCGUGGACAAGUACAUCUUGGCUGUCGCGGACUCGGCUGUUAACUUUCGGAACAGACAAGCUGAAGGAGAGCAGGAAAACGUGAAGUGGGUGCUGGAAGGGGGACUUUAUAUGACAAUUACCGAAGUGAACGAGAAUACGAUUGACGUCGUGUUUGACCAGUGGUCUGAGUGCCUGAAUGAGAUGCACGGCCGAGAGCUCUACAUCGACUGGAUUCGAUUUCCAGUACGAAUCGAGCAGUACGUUUCUCCAGCAAGACUGCUGAGUUGUACAAUUUAUACCGGGGGGAAUGUAGGGAAGCUAGAUACUGGGAGACAAUUCAGGGAUUAUUGUGAAGUCAGCUUGCUCACCAGCGUUGCGUGAGAACAAGUUGCCCAGACUGGCCACCUUAUAACGUGUUCCUUUGGCAAACCCGGCAGCAACUUUAUAAUACGGCGGGGAUACCCUCGUAAAGUCGAGUAGGCGGGAGUGAGUCCAUGUAUACAGUUCACUUGACUUGACUUUUGUAAGGAGUUCGGAAAACCAACUCAUCAUUUCGAG